AUGUCUUGUAUGGCACUAACGUGUCCAUGCGAAGACCAAAUGCGACAACUUACAGCCCUCGUGCAGUGCCUGCAUCUCCAGUGGCGCAAUAUGUUUGACCGGGCGAGCCUCGCCAUUUUGGACCGCCUCGAUUAUGCCAUUCGACUCUUGGAGGCACCACCUCGAGUCUACUGUACAUCCCACUCGCAGCUCAACCCUAAUACAGGUAGUGCGAGUACUACCAUUCCCACAGGCGAUGGCACGCCUGCUGUAGCCUUGAAUGGGGAAGGUCAAGAUCUGGAUCCAGCCUUAGCCACUGGUGAUACUCUCGCUUGGGCCACUGAUUCACCUGACACCGACCGAGGCCACCAUGGUCGACCAUACAUCAACCACGCCGCGUCAGCCGAUGCUCUGAUUCACAAUUCCUGGCCCGCCUGCACCCACGUCCUCGAGUGGCCGAUUUUCGAAGGCCGAGUCAAGCCAGAUUUCAUCAAACCACCUCUGAAUGAUUCCAGCCCCAGAGUGGCUCAUCCGUUGUCACCUAAGCCACGUGGUCAGCGAACCGAGAGACAGACGAGAGCUUGGAAACCAUCUACAUCUGCGGCAAGGAUACACGAGGACGACAUUUGUGAACUCGUCAAAGGAUUUUUGCGGAACGUGCACACCAAAAACCCAAUACUAGACCCUCUUGCCCUGCUUGAGCUGACGCGCAAUGUGGCCGAAGAGGGCUUCGCAUGGGACAACAGCUCGUGCCUCGUGUUAAUUGCCUCUGCACUGGGGAGCCUGGCCACGACGUGGAACACGGCCAUUCCUACCGAGGGCGAAUCCUCUCUCGAAGAUGCCGUGACGUACCCUUUGGCCGAAGCCUAUUACACGGCUGCACGUAAGCGACUGGGCCUCUUGGACAACUCCAUCGUGGCCGCUCAGUGCUGGUUCGUGACCGGCAUGUACGAGAUGUAUUCGAUGCGACCUCUCGCAGCAUGGUCGUCCUUCAAUCGAGCGUGUAACGGUGUACAUCUUUAUCUACGUAUGAAACACCAAGACAGCCAACAGCAAGUUGUGGCCCGACCCGAGCAAUGCCUCCACUGGUCCUCCCUGAAAUCGGAAUGCGAGCUGAGAGAAGAGCUGGUCCUGCCCCCUUCCGGUCUCGCCACGAUCGGGUACCCUGGGGAUUUCCCCUCGCCGCCACCAGGAAGCACUCUCAACGUCGAGGGCGGCGCUGCAACAACCGAGCGCACCGAGUGGGAAUAUGUGCACGAGCACAGCUGGUACUACUACCUCUCCGACGUCGCCUACAGGCGCAUCGCCAACUACACCACCACGAUGCUGUACAGCAUGCCCAAUGAACAGUGGCUGAAGAUGGGGGUCAGACGACUGCACCGCAUCGCGGAAGAGCUGGACAACCAGACCAUGCAGUGGUGGAAGCAUAUUCCAGGCUCUCCGGGACCCUCGCUCUUGGAAGACACCGACGAGCUCACUUUCAUGCUGCGUCUGGACUACGUCGAUCUGCGAGAACGCAUCUGGCGGCCAUUCCUCUACCUCGCCUUGCACGGCACGCCCACGCAAGAUGAGAUGCCUGUCGUGAGUUCCACCGUGAAGACGUGCCUGGACAUGAGCUUCGAAAUGCUACAAGGGGCCAGGCUGAAACAUCGCCAUCACGGGCUCUGGCUGACCGUCAGGUGCAUGUUUGCCAAGGCAUUACUGAUCAUCGCGGCGGGAAAGAGUGGACGGGUUGCCAUCAGGAGUGACUGGCUUGAGCACGUGAACUCCUUUCAAACGUACCUGAAAUACUGGGAAGACGAGGCAUCGGAUCUUGGAGCCAUGAGACUGGCUUUGUCUGAGUUACUUGGGAGGUAA